AUGCAAAAAUGGCAACUGGAAUCGAGCCAAGAAUUAGCCGAUGAUGUAUUUAUAACCAAUUCUAAAUUGAAUAAUCGCAAUCAGCCACCCCCCAAUGCAAGUAAAAGUAAAGCCAAAUCCAGUACACCUCUGGCUGAUAAAAUCAGGCCAAACGUUCUUACUGAUUACAUCGGUCAAGAUGACGUACUAGGUGGUAAAACUAGUCUACGAUCUCUCAUCGAAUCAGGAGAUAUCCAUUCCAUGAUAUUUUGGGGUCCUCCGGGAUGUGGCAAGACAACCUUAGCGAAUAUUAUUGCUAAAAGUGGCAAAAGUAAAGCCAACAUGCGAUUUAUUCAACUAUCUGCCACUUCUAGUGGGACACAGAAAGUGCGUGAAGUGAUCGACAUAGCUCAAAAAGAUAGAACAAUGUUUAAUCGUCAAACGAUAUUAUUUAUGGACGAAAUUCAUCGAUUCAACAAGGCCCAACAGGACGUUUUUCUGCCGUAUGUUGAAAAUGGCACCAUUGUAUUGAUUGGCGCUACUACGGAAAAUCCUUCAUUUAGCUUGAAUAAUGCUCUCUUAAGCAGAUGUCAUGUAAUUACAUUACAAAAACUGAGCUCAGCUAAUGUUGUUACUAUACUUAAAAGUGCUUUAAACAACAUUGAAGACUAUCUAGACCUAGAUGAUUUUACAACUGGUAAUAAGUACAAAAUUAAAGCGGAUGAUCAAGCUCUUAAAGCUUUGGGAAAUUUUUGCGAUGGUGAUGCUAGGAAAGCUUUAAAUGGUCUAGAAAUGGCUAUUAGAUCGAAGAUUAUCAUUUAUAAUAAUAGAGAUAUUACCCAACCUAUUGAUGAUGAAAGAUUACCAACGAUAAUUGCAGUUACAGAGAAAGACGUACUAGAAAGCUUACAACGAUCUCAUUUGCAAUACGAUCGCAGUGGUGAAGAACAUUAUAAUAUUAUAUCUGCUUUGCAUAAAUCAAUGCGUGGUGGCGACGAAAAUGCUGCCAUGUACUGGUUGUGCAGAAUGCUAAAAGGAGGAGAACAACCUACGUAUAUUGCGCGUAGAUUGAUACGUUUUGCAAGCGAAGAUGUUGGUUUAGCUGAUAAUCAAGCUCUUUUCAUUGCUGUAGCAGCUUAUCACGCUUGUCAAUUUAUUGGAAUGCCGGAGUGUGAGGUAAAUCUAGCUCAAACGGUUGUGUACUUGGCUCGUGCACCUAAAUCUGUGGAAUGUUAUAUGGCAUAUGAUAGAGUUAAGAAAAAUAUUAACGAAUGGAAAGGCCCGCUGCCGUCGGUACCAUUACAUUUACGUAAUGCUCCCACGUCGUUAAUGCAAAAAUUAGGUUACGGCAAAGGUUAUAAGUAUAACCCUGACUAUGAUAAACCUGUCCAGCAAGAUUACUUGCCAAGUUGUUUGUUGAAUAUUGACUUCUUCAAAGAGAGAAAGUUUGAUAAUUAA